AUGGGUAUUUUCAGUAAUUCACAACAGGACAAAGACUACACAGAAACACAAGUGGACAGAACAAUCAACAAUCGUUUUGCCUCUCCAAAGGAUAUAGCUGCUGUUAAUGAUUUCUUCAACAAUCAAGUCAUUUCGCCAUUAGGCAAUAUCAUUGAUUUGGAUGCAAUCUCCAAUGUUUUCAACAAGUCCAAUUUCCCAUUCCAUGAUAAUGUCAAUGAAAUAAUUGGUGGGUUCACAAGAGGCUUUGGUGCAGGUGACGAAUCAUUAACUACAGGAUUGAAAGCUUAUCCAACUCCAAGUGCCACUUUAUAUCAAAAAUGUAUGGAUAAAGAUGGUUUAUCAGUUUGGGAUGAUAAAGGCUGGUGGAGAUGCUUAUUCCCAAAACUUGCGCUAGAUGGUGAACAUGUUUUAUCAAAAGAGGAUGUUUUGGAUGAUAAGUCUAAUAAAUUUGGGUUGUUUUUCAAAGAUUACACUGGUUAUUUAGACUGGAAGUCUCAAAUGAAACAAUUGGUUAAACAAAAGGAUGAAGAACAGAAACUUGCAAGACAUAGAGAUAAUAUUGAAAGUAUUUACAAUGAUUAUAGCAAAGAUUCCAAUUUCGAAUUCGGGCAAGGUGGUAAUGAUGUUAUAAGCAGUAGCAAGUCUGUUUAUUUCAAAACUUUACCUAACGGUGAUGGUGAAGAGGUUACUGAAAUUAGUAAUGUCUUUAGAGAUGGUAAAUCAGAGAACAAGAAGUUUAAAAGAUUGAUUCCAAGAGAUGGUGAACCAUCAACCAUUGAAUAUUUACCAGACGACAAGAAUGACAGCAAAUUGUCCAGUUGGAUUUGGGGAAGUAAAGAUUGA